UCUCUUUCUCUCAUCGGCGGAGAGGCCACACCGUUGCCCUCCUCAUCCACCGACGGCCGGCUUUCCCACCCUCGUAACCAGGGCUGUUAGGGUUCCUGCCUGGGUGCGGAUUUUCUCUCCGUCCUCAGCUCGAUCUCCAUAAAUGGCACCCCUUUCAACUUGGUAACGCGUGCGAGAUUGAUCCCGUCUCUACACCUCGCCCUGCAGCAAAAUCCCCUCGAUUCUUUCCGAUGGCCUCCAUCGGAGGCCCGGUGGUGGAGGAGCCCAUUCGCUGGCGUGGGGAUUCCAUGGUUGCGAAUGGGGAGGAAGCGGAGGGGAUCGACCACUUCGAUCUGCUGCCGGACUGCUUGCUCCUCGUCGUCUUCAACCUGAUCGGUGACGUCAAAGAUCUGGGAAGGUGCCGCGUCGUUUGCCGACGUUUCAACGCCCUUGCGCAACUGGUAGAGUCCGUACUCGUACGCAUCAUCUCCGACGACCCCUCCGCUUCCCUCGCUGCGGGUUCCGGUGGGGAUAGGUCCCGCGGUUUCAUUUCCCACCUAGCACGCAUCAUCCUUGGUGGCAUCGUGAAGCCCUUGCAAGCUCUCGGUCAUAUGCUCACCCCCUCCGCUGCCGUUGCCUCCACCCAAUGGUCCAGGCUCUCGCAUCCUUCCUCCUCCACCUCUCCGAUGUUGUCAGAUGUUUCCCACCACUGUCCCUCCGAAAUACUGAAGAACUUUCGGGAUAUUCGCCGCCUCCGGAUUGAGUUUCCAGCUGGCGAGCUUGGCCUCGAAGACGGUGUCCUCUUGAAGUGGAAGGCCGAGUUUGGGUCGACCCUCGACAGCUGUGUCAUCCUCGGUGCUGCCUCUGUUCUCUCCUCUACUUCUCUGUCGCCUAUAUCCUCGAACCCCAGCUCUGACUCUAGCUUCCAGGAUGCUUGUAUGAAUGAUGACAACGGUAGCAUGCCUGAAUCAUUUUACAGCAACGGGAACUUGAAGCUUAGACUGUUUUGGACGAUCAGCUCUAUGAUUGCUGCCUCAGCGAGGCAUUACGUCCUCCAGCCAAUUAUCAGUGAGCAUGAGACUCUUGAGACCUUGGAGCUCACAGACGUUGAUGGGCAAGGGUUGCUGACGAUGGGACAGAAACAGUUGCACGAGUUCAGGGUGAAACCAUCUUCUACAGCUGGGAGCUCACAACGGACCCUGGUGCCAGCCCUCAGUAUGCGACUAUGGUACGCACCCUACCUUGAGCUACGUGACGGUGUAGUUCUCAAAGGGGCAACCUUGGUGGCUGUUCGGCCAAGCCAAGAUUGGGGAAGUGAGUUUGUUGGUAACAGGGAUUGUGGUGGUCUCACAAGUUCAUCAGAAAUGUGCUGGAUUUCCAGUGCUUUCAAAGAGCCAUAUAGAUCGGCUGUAGGAAUGCUUAUGAAGAGGAGGAGUUACUGUCUCGAGAUGAAUUCGUUCUGAGUUUGGAAGGAUGGUAAUACACCAUCAUAGAAAGAUUUUGAAGAUCGAGUAGGAGACUAAAACAUGUUCAAAGGAAGAUGACAAUUAUUAGCUAAAUGACGAUUAAUCAACAUGAUCCAUCAAUGGUGACAAUUAUUAGCUAAUUUUAAGCUGUGCUGCUAUCUGUUGCAACUGAAGAAAGCAUUGUAGUGCUACACUGUGCAAAUUAAGGGUGAUGUUUCUCCCACUUUUGUCAACCUAGAUAUAUCCUUGCAUGUUAAUGCUGUAGCCAUUCUAUAGCUCAUCCUGUUUUUUGUCACCAUGAUCCACUUUAGUUUCAUUGCUACCAAAAAUUGUAUUAAAGCUUAUGAGUUUGCCUUCUGUUGCAUAGCUCUGCUUUUAUGCACUGCAUUCUCAUGUCAACAUUGCUUACGCCAAAAUGUCAUUUGCGUGGUAUAUCCUUUACUCA